GUUGAUUUUUCCCAGAAAGAUUUCUCAGAGAAAACUGAAGGAUGAAAAGAGAUUAUUCAGUCAAGUUUCUGAUCAUGAUGUUCAUGAUGUUCGAGGUUGGUGCGGGGAAAUUGCAUCGCGUGGGAGACAAGCAAGGGUGGAAUCCUAACGUCAAUUAUUCAGAAUGGUGCAGCCAUGAACAAUUCUAUGUCGGUGAUUGGCUACUCUUUAACUUCGACAAGCACUACUUCAAUGUUCUGGAGGUGAACAAGACAAGUUAUGAGACUUGUAAUGACCAAAAUUUCAUACACAACAUUACUCGCGGUGGCCGUGAUGUGUUUGAACUGACAGAGGCAAGGCCGUAUUACUUCCUCAGCGGUGGAGGAUACUGCUUUCAUGGGAUGAAAGUUGUUGUGAACGUUGAAAUACCUCAGGCUCCGGCACCUGCGCCUGCCAAAAAUGAUUCCCCCUCGAUUGCUGGCAGCUAUAUCGUUUUACUCAUUGUGAUUUCAAUGCCUGUGGCAUGUGUGGUCCUCUUAUUUUAGAUCAGAUAGUUGAAUGAGUGAAAGCAGCACUAACAGGUUCCAUAUAAGAUCACAUUAAGUAUGAUGGACUAUGAUUUUCCUUUCAAUAUAGAAUCAUAUGCUUCAGAAAUGAAAUGAAUGUAUGUGAGUCUGGUUUGCAUGCAAUUUGGAA